AUGUCCACUCGCAAGACGAAAACAACCCGUUCUUCGGGACCUAUUAGAACUGAGGUCAGCUUUAGCACCACCUCGUCAAGUGGUGUUGGCGGCGAUGACUCAUUCCAGUCGCUCCUUGAAAGCACGAGAUCUCAAGAGAAAGAACAGCUUACUGGGCUUAACAGUCGUCUAGCAACCUAUAUUGAUAGAGUACGUCAGCUCGAAGCUGAGAACAGUCGUCUAACCGUGCAGAUCAAGGAUAUCGAGAUCAUUGAGAAGAAGGAAAGGAACAAUCUCGCUGACCGCUUCGAAGCUGAGCGUGCUCGCCUUCGCCAAGCCCUAGACGAUGCUCGUGAACAGGCAGCUAAGUACGCUGUUGAACGUGAUUCAGCUAUAGCUGAUCAUGAGCGUUUGGCCGGAAAAGUUGGAAAGCUAGAGAGAGACCUGAAAAAGUUCUUCAAAGUUUCAAUUGAUCUAAAGCAAUCGUUUGACGGCGCUGUCGUUAGCGGAGACGAGCUCAACAACGCUCGUCUACGAAUGCAACUGGCUGCGCUUCAGAAGAACCUAGAGGAUGAGAGUGUGCUCCGUGCCGCAGCAAACUCGAAGAUUCAGGCUCUCACAGAGGAUUUGGAGUUCCUGAAGAAGCAGCAUAAAUCGGCUCUCGAGGAGGUCCGUCAUAAGCGCCAGGUUGACAUGACCACAUACGCUAAGCAAAUCAACGACGAGUACCAGUCGAAAUUGCAAGACCAGCUGGCUGAGAUGCGUGCACGUUUCCAAGCACAGCUCUCUGCAAGCAAGGCCGCUUUUGAGGAGUCGUACAAGAAUAAGCUGAAUGAUGCGCGUGAACGUGCCGAAGCUGCGCACGACGACGCUGCUCGUAUGCGUGUUCGUAUCCAUGAACUGGAGAAGAGUGGCAGCAGCCAUGAUGCAAUCGAUGGUCUCCGUCGUGAAAUCGCUGCACUGAAGGACGAUAUGGAUGCAGCUAGACGUUCGUAUCAGGAGCGACUGGAUGGGAAAGAAUUACGUAUUGCUGAGCUGAACCGUGAAAUUCAACGUAUGAUGGAUGAGUUCCAUGAUUUGCUCGAUGUUAAGAUUCAGCUGGAUACUGAGUUGAACACGUACCGUAUGCUAUUGGAGUCGCGCGACAACAGUAUGACUUCACACCAUGUGUCUUUCACGUCCGGCAGCGGUAGUGCUCAGCGUGGAGUGAAGAGAGCCAGAAUAGAAUGGGACGGCAAUGGUGAUGAGCUGGAUUUCCAUAGGCUUAGCCAGAGAAUGCAAAAGCACGUCGAUGGCCCUGUAGGAAUCGAAGAGAUUGAUCCUAACGGUCAAUGGGUACGUAUCAGCAAUAAUACCGAUGAAGAAGUCAGCAUU